AUGAUUCCGAAAGUCAGGAAGUCAACGCGAACCAGGGAAAUCAUACCUCUGGAAAGGUUUUUCCGUUACGUGAAUUUCUUUUACCUGUCGAUUGGCAUGGUGGCCUACGAUUCCAAGCUAAAUAGUGACAGAUGCAGUUGGCAGAGAAUAUUAUUGCGCUGCUUUUUCAUUUUUCAAAUGGUCAAUCUUAAUGCUGCGCUCAUCUCGGAAUUGAUCUAUGUCUUCCUGGCCUUAAGUCGCAGCAACAAUUUCUUGGAGGCUACCAUGAACCUGUCCUUCAUUGGUUUUGUGAUUGUGGGCGAUGUAAAAAUACGUCUCAUCCAGCAACAACGGAAACGAAUCACACGAAUUGUUCACCAACUGGAUGCAUUACACCCAUUAAGCAUUGAACAACAAGCGGACUACAAGACGGCUAAAUAUCUCAGUGACUACAGCAGAAUAAGCAAAUUUUAUUUUAUAGUGCAUCUGAUACUCAUAUGGAGCUACAAUCUCUACUGGGCUAUUUACUAUUUGAUCUGUGAUUUCUGGUUGGGAAUUCGUCGCUUUGAGCGCAUGCUACCCUACUAUUGCUGGGUACCAUGGGAUUGGAAGCGAAAUUGGAUCUACCAAUUCAUGUACGUCUCACAGAAUCUGGGCGGGCAGGCGUGCCUCUCCGGCCAACUGGCGGCGGACCUGUUUAUGUGUGCUCUUGCCACACUGCUGAUCAUGCACUUCACGCACCUGGCCACACAGAUCGAACACCAUGUAGCUGGCAUUUUGUCAGCUGAAGAAGAUAUGGAUUUCCUUAGCACCAGCAUCAUUUACCAUCAGCAACUGUUGCUUCUGGGCAAAGAAAUUAAUAAGAUCUUUGGCGUUUCGCUGCUCUGCAACUUUGCCAGCUCCUCGUUCAUCAUCUGCUUUGUAAUUUUUCACAUAACUAUCGGGAGCACUAUUGACAAUGUCGUAAUGCUGAUGCUCUUCCUCUUCUGUGCCAUGGUGCAGUUAUUCAUGAUUGGCAGCUACGCUCAGCAAUUGAUCAAUGCUAGCGAACAAGUUGGAGAAGCUGUUUAUAACCAUGACUGGUUUGGGGGCGAGUUGCGCUACCGCAAGAUGAUGAUAUUGAUCUUAAGGCGCGCCCAGCAUCCCAGUUACCUGAGAGCGACAAGCUUUCUAAGCGUAUCCAUGGUUACGGUGACGGAUCUGCUUCAACUAUCCUACAAGUUUUUUGCUUUGCUGCGAACCAUGUAUUCCGAGUAG